AUGGCGGCGGUCCUCAUCGAGCCGACGACCUACUCGGUCACGCCGACCGCGUUCGCCACCGGCGUGCCCAAGGCGGUGCAGAGCGCCUACAACGCCGGGCGCAUCCCUCCGGAUGUGCCCAUCUCGCGCUUCCUCGAGUCGCAGGACUCGGGCGCGCUGGCGUUCAUCUACUUCUUCAUCAUCUUUGCUACGCUCCUCGUCCUGCUCCGUCUCUUUUCGCGCUCCUUCCUGGCCAACUUCACCGGGCCCGACGACUGGCUGGCGGCGCUCACGAUCCCGUUCUACGUCGCGUUCGGCGCGCUCUGCAUCAUCCUCAUCAAGAUCGGGUCCGGCCGGCACAUCGAGUGGAUUCAAUACGUCAUGGAUCAACCGAUGAAUUCAUACUCGGAACGGCUCGACUUCUACGCACAUCUACUCUACACGACGGCGCUGUGGAUCUGUCGGCUAAGCGGUCUGGCUUUUUACCACCGCCUCUGCCGCAACAUCCCGCGGAUGGGUGUGGCCAUCUGGUCGACCGUGGCCUUUGUCACUGCAGGCUUCAUCGUCCAAUUCCUCCUCAUUCUCCUCCAUUGCCUCCCUGUGACCGACCUAUGGCCGUAUGUGUGGCAACCAGAGGUCCUCAACUAUACCUGCAUGCUCUGGCAGGUCAUCUAUACCACCAACUCGGCCAUCUCGCUCCUUUCCGAUAUUCUCAUCUUUACGAUCCCGGCGUGGGUCAUUGCCUCGCUCAAGGGCACCGACUCGAGCAUCCGCAUCAAGCUCAUUCUCAUCCUCUGUCCCGGCGUGCUGACGACCAUUGUCUCGAUCGCGAGGCUGGUGUUCGUCAUCAUCUCCGGCUUUGACGCGGCCGACCAGAGCUGGCUCUACUCGCCGCUGCUCGCCAUCGAGGUGGCCGAGAUGGGGACGACGAUGAUCGCGCUGAGCGCUCCCGGCAUCAACCUCUUCUUCCACCGCGUCACGGGCAAGGGACCUUCGUUCCGCUCCACCCGCGGCGGAGACACGUCCAAGUCGCGCUCGGGCGGCUCGGUACCCAUGUACCACUAUUCGCGGGAUACCAAGGUGCGCGUCGACCGUAUCGGCCGCGAGCGGUUGGCGGGCCAGUUGAGCCCCGAGCUGCCGCCGCGACACCACCCCUCCGCCCUCGUCGAGGACGGCACGGAUCCCGCCAAGCUCGCCGAACUCGACCGCGCCGCCAGCCCUCACUCUGCCACGCCCUUCGCCAACGGGAUCUACGUCCAGGGUGCGAGGAGCGACGCGGAACAUGGGCCCGACUCCGAAAAGGGCCUGUACGAGGACGACGACGACGACGAAGAGCCCUACUUCUACAACGCCACGCGGUCCCGUCACUGA